AUGCUGCCCGAGUCUCUCAACCUUUCGAGCUGGGAAGAAGUUAACGGCACCUCGGCGAAUGACUCUGCUGUGUCUCUGAACAUCAGGUCCAGCCAGGUGAUCACCCCGGCCAGCAUGUUCGCCGUCGGGGUGGUGGGUAACCUCAUCGCCAUCGUGGUGCUGUGCGUCUCCAAGAAGGAACAGAAGGAAACCACCUUCUACACCCUCGUGUGCGGACUGGCCGUCACCGACCUGCUGGGCACCUGCUGCACCAGCCCGCUGGUGAUCGUCACCUACUUGACCCAGCAGUGGCCCGGAGGACAACCGCUCUGUCACUUCUUCUCCUUCUCCAUGCUCUUCUUCGGCUCGGCCGGCAUGACAAUCCUGUGCACCAUGUCCAUCGAACGCUACCUGGCCAUCAACCACGCCUUCUUCUACAGCCAGUACAUCGACAAGGGGCUGGCCAGGAUAGCCCUGAUGGGCGCCUACCUGCUCAACCUAGUCUUAUGCAUCCUGCCCUUCUUCGGUCUGGGGAGGAACGCCAGGCAUUUCCCCGGCACCUGGUGCUUCCUGGAUUGGCGAGCCAACAGCACGGUGUGCGCCACCUACACCUACAUGUACGGGGGCUUCAGCGCUUUCCUGAUCCUGGUCACAGUUCUGUGCAACCUGAGCGUCUGCGCCACCCUCAUCAGCAUGAGGAAGAAGUCCGUGGGGACGGCCACGGGAAGUUCCAGGGGUCGGCGCUUCCCCAACCUCGCCGCGUCCGCCGCCGAGAUGCAGAUGUUCUGGCUGCUGGUUUUCAUGACCAUCGUCUUCCUGGUCUGUUCCAUCCCUCUGGUGAUACGCAUUUUCAUUAAUCAGCUGUAUGGCCCAGCUCAGAUCCUGGCGGGGGAGCAACUGGAUUACCGAGGUGACCUUCUAGCCAUCCGUUUUGCCUCCAUCAAUCCGAUCCUGGAUCCCUGGGUGUACAUCCUUUGCCGGAAAAAGCUCCUUACCCUGGGAUGCGAGCACCUGAAGCGAACAGUAGGCGCUGCAAAAGAUGGUCAAGCCCGCAGGGUAGGGUGGAUAAGCAGCCAGCAGUCACCACUGUCAUAUGCCAGUAGCUAUGCCUCACUACAAGCAAAAGACAAACCUGAGCCACAACACAGGGAUGCCGGCGAGAGGUCUGGUGCCGUGACACAAUCUUUCACAGACUUCACAAGGCAGCAGAUGUGGCAGGCUGGGCCUCACCCUUUUAGCAUCCCUCAUGACAAGCAGGUCUGCCCCACCAAGUCACACUUUGAGACCUGUCCACAGACCAAAGCCAUCCUACGCACAGCUCUGCAGGAAUCUAUGGUGCCAGAUGUCGGAGCACAAAACAACGUUAUUCUAAGUGAGGAGGGGAGAACAUUUGACAUUUUGAAUUGCAGUUUCAGUACGCCUUCAUCAUGCACAUCAGAAAAAACUAUUUAA